AUGAGCAAGGCACUGGAUCAGCUCUCCAAGUCGCCUUUCACGCAUCACAUAGAAAGGGACGUACUUCCUCGACAGUUCCAGCAGUCAAACUUCGCCAUUUACAACGGUAGAACAGACCCGAUGGAGCAUGUGAGCCAGUUCAACCAAAGGAUGACUGUCCAUUUUAGGAACGAGGCACUGAUGUGCAAGGUUUUCCCAUCUAGCUUGGGACCAGUGGCGAUGAGGUGGUUUAAUGGUCUGAAGACGAAUUCCAUUAACUCGUAUAGGCAGCUGACCCAAGCUUUUGGCUCCCGUUUCGUUACGAACCGCAGAGCCCCUCGGCCUUCGAGUGCUUUGUUGUCGUUAUCCAUGCAUGACGAAGAAACCUUAAAGGCCUACUCAGACAGAUAUUGGGAGACGUACAAUAAAAUGGAAGACAACUUUGACGACGUCGCCAUUAUCACUUUCAAAAAUAGUCUCCUAGCCGAUUACGGCCUGCGAAAGUCUCUGAUUGGCAAGUCUGCCAACAGUAUGCAUCAACUAAUGGAUCGAAUCGACAAGUACAAGCGAGUGGAGGAAGACCAAUUACAGGGAAGAGGAAAAGAGAAGCUGGGCAAGAACAUCGAAAUCUACGUCGAUGACAUGGUGGUGAAGAGUAAAGUGGUGUCCGAGCAUUUAAGGGACCUCGGCAACACCUUUGGCAUCUUGAGGAAACAAAAGCUGCGCCUAAACGCUUCCAAGUGCUCCUUUGGCAUAGGGUCAGGCAAGUUUUUAGGCUACAUGGUUACCCAUAGGGGAAUCGAGGUCAACCCUGACCAGAUCAAGGCCAUCAACGACCUGAAAUCGCCACAAAUGUAG